AUGGAGUCGGUGGCGCUGGUGGCGCCGGUGACGGCGCUGGAGUUCGCGGGGGACGUGUUGCUGGCGGGCACGGGCCCGGAGGUGGUGGCGUUCCGGCUGAGUGGAGGCGGGACGGCGGCGCGGAGGAGCGUGCUGCGUGAGGCCAGCGUGCAGGGGCUGCGGGCCGAGCCGGGCCGCGGGCCGGCGGCGCGGGUGGCGGUGUUCGGUGGGCGCUGGCUGGCCGUGCUGGCGGUGCGGAGAGGGGGGCCGGGCGGGGGACCGCUACUGGCGCUGUGCGGCGGCGGGGCCGCGCGGGAGCUCGGGGCGCGCGUGUGGGAGGCGCGGUGGGCACCGGGCGGGCGGCUGGCGCUGGCUCUGGGCGGGGGGGCCGUGGCGCUGUACGAGUGGCGGGGGGGCGGGCGCUGGCUGAGGCGGGCGAGCUGCGGCGGGGCCGGGGCGCUGCGCUGCGCCGUGCUGGCCGGGGCGGGCUGGGAGCGCCUGGCACUGGCGGCCGGCACGGCGGCGGGGGCCGUGGUGAUGUGGCGGGCGGCGGCCGCGGCGGCCCCGCGGCGGGAACUGCGCGGGCACCGGGGCGCGGUGCUGGCGCUCUGCUACGCGGCGGCGCGGGGGCUGCUCGCCUCCGCCUCUGAGGAUCGCAGCGUGCGGCUCUGGGCCGUGGGCGAUCUGGGCGGCGGUGAUGGGGACGGCGCCUGCCUGCUCGUGUGUUACGGGCACGGGGCGCGGGUGGCCGCCGUGGUGAUCCGGGGACCGCUCCCGGUCAGCGCGGGAGAGGACGGUGCCUGCCUGGAGUGGGGAGUCAGCGGCGAUGUGCGGCGGGAGCGGCGCGGGCACCGCGGGGCCCUGCGUGCCCUGGCCCUGCGCCCUGCCGGCGGCCGGCUGGCCACGGGCGGCGACGACGGCGGCGUCCGGCUCUGGCGGCCCCGGCGGGCGGCGCCAGCGACUGUGGCGGCGCUGGGGGCCCCGGAGCGGCCGCGGGCUGUGCUGCUGGCGGGGCCGCGGCGGGUGCUGGUGCUGGGCGAGGCGGGCGGGCUGGCGGCGUUCGAGGCGGCUCAGGGGCGCUGGGCGCCGGUGCUGCCCGCCCCCGCCGCCGGCGGGACCCGCACCGUGCUGGCGGCCGCCCCGCUGCCCGGCGGGGACGAGGCGCUCUGCGCCCUGGCCGGCGGCGACGGGCGCGUCCUCCUCUUCGUCCUGAGCAGCCCCGGGACCGCCGCCUCGCUCAGGCUGUUCGAGGGGGCCGUGCUCGGCCUGAGCUGGGCCCCCCGCCCCGGGCUGCCCUCCGCCACCGCUGCCACCCUCCUGGCCUCCGGUCCCGAAGGGGAGAUGCUCUGGCUGGACGUCGCGCACCGCCCCGGGCAGGCACCGUUCGUGCGGCUCAUGGGACGGUACCUGCUGCCCCCCUGCAAGCAGCGCUGGCACACCUGCGCUGCCUUCCUGCCCCAGGGAGAGCUCCUGGUCUGCGGCGACCGCCGGGGCUCCCUCCUCCUCUUCCCUUGCAGCAGCUCCUCGAGGCGGGCUGCAGAAAGCACCGGCGUUGCCAAUGGUGUCGCUGACUCGGUCGGUGAGGACUCUAGCAGCGAGUUGGAGCUGUCUUGCUUGUCACACAAAGGGGUCCUUCCCCUUGAGUCCCCGUUGUCCGUGCUCUUUGGGCUCCACGGGAAGACAGGGGUUACCUCGGUGACCUGCCACAAGGGCUACAUUUACAGCACUGGCCGUGACGGUGUCUACCGCCAGCUCCACCUGCGGGACCAGCAGCUGGAGGUUCUGCGGAAGCACAGGCCCUGCAAAGGGCUGCAGUGGAUCGAGGAGCUGCGCUUCACCCCAGACGGGGAUCUGCUCGUGCUGGGCUUUCAUGCUGACAACUUUGUGGUGUGGAGCAGCAGGACUAGCGAGAACCUCCACUGCAUCCCCUGUGGGGGUGGGCACCGCUCCUGGAGCUACUGUAGCAGCCCCUGGGCUGAGGUCUUUGCCUUCAUCAAGUCUGGGGAUGUGAUGCUGUACUGCUGUGAGGCCGAACCCUGCGAGCAGCAGGUGCUCCUGGCAUCCCUGCACGGGCGGGAGAUCACCUGUGUACGGCGUCUGGGGGCCAUGGAGGUGCCUGGCCAUGCCGCCCUUAACGUGCUGGUCACCGGCAGCGAGGACACCACGGCCUGUGUCCUGGCACUCAGUGAGCGCUCUCGGGCAGCUGUGCCCCUCGCUCGCCUCAGUGACCACAUUUCUAGUGUGAGGACGCUGGCACUGGCCGGCCCCACUGGACCUGGAGACAAGGGCUUGUCUGCCCUGCUUUUCUCUGCGGGUGGCCGGGCACAGAUCGAGUGCUACCGGCUGCUGUGUGCUGGGGACCCAGAGAGUAGUGCUGUGGAGAGCCUGGAGAGCGCUGUGGCCUGCCAGGUCAUCCAUGUGGCCUCCCACCGGCUGGACGAGCACUGGGAGCGGAAGAAGAACAGGCACAAGCUCGUCAAGAUGGACCCGGAGACGAGGUACAUGUGCCUCUCUGUUGUACCUGGCACCAGCACCAAGCAGCUGCUGACACCCUGGAAGUUCCUGGCUGCUGCCUGCAGCGAUGGAUCGGUCCGGGUCUUCGGGCUGCUGGAGGCUGCUCGGAAUUUGGUGCUGGUGGCAGAGUCAUUUCACCACCAGCGCUGUGUGCUCAAGGUGGAGGCAUUCCUGCACACAGGGACAGGAGGGGAGAGGAGGCACCUCCUGUGCAGUGCAGCCACUGAUGGCAGCAUUGCCUUCUGGGACAUCACCAGCCCCAUCACGGACGCAACAGAUGCCCUGCACCGAGCGGAGGGGGAGAUGCAGCCCCUGGCCCUGGGUGCCCCGCUGCUCACCGUCAUGGCCCACAGCUGCGGUGUGAACAGCCUGCACGUCAGCAAGGUGACAGAGGGACAGUACUUGGUGGCCAGUGGCAGUGAUGAUGGCUCCAUCCACAUCUGCCUGCUGGAGGUGGCCCUGGGCAGGGGCGAGGCUGCAGCAGAGACCUGCCUGCAGAUCCUGGAGCGGGUGUCCAGGCCCUGUGCCCAUGCUGCUCACGUCACGGGUAUCCGGGUGCUGCGGCCGGACCUGCUGCUCUCGGCCUCGGUGGAUCAGCGCCUGACGCUGUGGCGCCGGGGCCUGGGGGGGCUGGUCCCCCUCAGCACCACCUUCUUCCACGUGCCUGACCUGGCUGAGCUGGACUGCUGGGAGGUGGUGGAGGCUGGGGGGGAACUGCGGUACUACUGCGUGCUCUGUGGGCAGGGCCUGGAGAUGCUGUGCGGCACAGCCCCCUCUGAGCCCUCACCACUAGAGGCUUCCCAGGAAUGGGGCAGGUGUGCAACACAUCCCAGUCCCUGCCUAUCUUGGGAGGGCACUCUGCACUUGGGCUCUGCCCAUAACUGUAGUCCCUGCCCCCAGCCUGCACACUGAUGUGUCCCCUCCUGAGGGGAUGGGCAUGCUUGGCUCCUUCAGGGGCAGCACAGCUGCAUAUGGGGUGCUCAAGGCCAGUGGUCUGAGGGGUGAAGGCAGAUGUGACCCCUCCUGGAGGGGCCUGUGACUCCCCAGGCAAUAAAGAACUGGGGUUGUCAGCUCCCUCUGCCCGGGAGAACCUCCUCCCCAAGGUGUGAGGAACCCAUGUCCAGGCUUUCCAGCCCUGGUCUCAGAGAGGAACCUGCUGAGGAGGGCACUUAGGGCCCUGCCCAGUACUGGGAGCUUGAGGGCAGCAGGAGGCCAAGAAGGGUCAGGCACUGGUGGGCUGCAGCCUGGUGUGCCAGCCCUGACCCUGCAGUGCUGAGGAUGGUGCUGAAAUGCACAGGGACACUGAUCCUCUGCUGUAGCACCCUGUAGGGAGCACACAUGCUCCCCCGCUUUCAGAGCAGCCUUUCAGCACUGUUUCAGGCCAAGUGGGUUCCUGUGCAGCAGCCGGACUCAGGACAGUUGGAGCAAGGGAAGGACAAACAGCUCUGAGGUCAAACAAAUGCAAUGUUUGUCCAGCAACAGGUGUAUUGGACCCCAGUACUGGGGCUUGGGCCAGGUCCUGACAGGAGCCUGGAGCCUCAGGAGCUCCCUGCCAGCACGGAGCAACCUUCAAUAAACAGCUUUGAGGGAA